AUGUCGACGAAUCGAGGCGUUCUUGUGAGCGCCAUCCUCGCAGCGACUGCAACGAUGGCGAUGGCACAUGAGCACAAUGAGGAUGAGAUACCAGAUGGGAGUGCCGUCAGCGCAGAGCCGUUGGAUGCGAUUCUUUGGAUACAUAUUAUCAUACAGAUGGUUGCCUUUGGGAUUAUCUUCCCGGUAGGGAUGGUGCUUGGUAUCGUCCGCAACCGCUGGCAUGUCCCCGUCCAAGUCCUCGGCACCAUCAUAGCAGUCGUAGGCUACUUCCUCGGCCACGCCCACAAAGGCCGCCAAUUCGCACCCAACGUGCACGCCAAAUUCGCCAACUGGCUCAUGCUCAUGCUCGUCUCCCAAGUCGUCAUGGGCGCCUACCUCCGCCUCCACCUCACCAAGGGCAUCAACGGCAAGGUGCGCCGCGGUGUCCUCCUCGGCCACAACAUCCUCGGCAAGGCCAUCCCAGUCGCUAGCUGGACGCAGAUGUUGUUCGGUGGCAUCGCAGCCCUCGGAUUCUGCCGUGACGACCACCUGGGACAGUGCCUCGCUCACUUCAUCAUGGGAUCUGCCUUCAUCGCAUACGGUAUCAUCAUGAUGAUCAUGCUGCUCGUUGGUCAGGCGUGGCUGCGCCGCUCUGGCCGUAGUCAGGAGUUCUUCGACAGCGCCGUCAUCGCGGCGUGGGGUUGCGUCAACACCUUUACCGAGCACCGCUGGGGCGGCGCAUGGGUCGAGAACGACAUCCAGCACACUGUCAUGGGUGUCAUCUGGUGGGCGGCGGGUCUGGCGGGCAUCUGGCUCGCGAGAGGCCGUGAUGGUAGCCCCAAGCGCAAUUUCGUGCCGGGUUUCGUCCUCUUCUUGACCGGAUGGGGUAUGAGCGCGCAUCCGCAGCAUAACAUGCUUAGCACGAUGGUGCAUGUUGCGUUCGGAUACACGCUCAUGGCUGCGGGUGUGACGCGGAUGGUCGAGGUGAUGUUUGUGCUGAAUGACAAGCCGUCGACGGACAGCGGCGAGCCAAGGUCGUUCCAAUAUAUUCCACCUUUCCUACUCAUGGCAUCGGGCUUCACGUUCAUGAGCGCUACCGAGGAGCAGAUGGCGCUCCUCUCCGGUGCGGGCAUCACGCACGUCUCAUACAUCCUAAUACUCUACUCCUUCGCCUUCCUCCUCUUCCUCCUCGUAAACGUCCUACUUCACAUCUACGCUGUCAACGCGGGCCCAUCGGUGCCUCCAAAGGACGUCGAGGGCGUGCGCAGGCACAGGCCAUCAGAUAGCAGACAGAUCCACGAGGCGGAGGAGUUUGAACUCGACGGGCUGAUCAGCGAUGAUGAGGGAGGCCGGGAGAGGGAGAGUGGGCUCGAGAGCCCGAGUACGCUGGGGAAGAAUAGCGAGGUUAGAGUUUCUUAG